AUGUUAAGCUGGUGGUCUGUUCCUGCCCGCGCCGAUCCUCCACCGCGGGACCCUGCGCCCCCACCCAAUGCGCCUGCAGCGGCGCUGGCGGAAGGUGCUGAGAAGAGCGACCCGUCCCCUAUUCAGAAUGGCACUCUAGAAGCGACCCCUGCAGCCGAGCACGUGGCAGCAGGCGCAGCGACCACUGACCCGCCACCAGCAGCAGCACCAGUCGGUGUGGGGAAGGACGAGAAGCAAGAGGCGAAGAAGGAAGGCGGAGACACAGACAAUGCCCACACCAUCCCGCCGCCCAAAGCAGCAGCAGCAGCAGCAGCAGCAGACGCCCCUCCCCCAUCUGCCGCUCGCCAAUCGCCUCUCCGCUGGUCCCUCCCAGGCACUGCCCCUCCCCCUUCUUUCUCUCUCGCCUCCUCCGCUCUCCCCUCCUCUGCUCCCCCCUCCUCCUCCCUCCCCGCCUCCUCAACCCCUUCUUCCACUCCUCAUGAAGACAUAGCCACCCCUGCAAAUGCUCCUACCGCUGCUCCCACCACUGCCCCGGCCGCUGCUUCCGCCACUGUUCCUACCGCUGCUGCUGAGGCUGCUGCCACUGGAUCUACUACACAAUCGUCUGACCACGUGGUGCUCGCUGUGCCCUCCGCACACCCAGCUAUCUCACCCCGUGCUGCUCGCACUGCUGCUGCUGCUGCUGCUGCUGAUGCCGAUGCUGCUGCCGGCGCUGCUGCUGCUGGUGGUGGCGGUGCGGGCAGCAGUGAUGGUCUAGGAGCGGACGAGGAUCCAGAAGCACAGGACUCGCUGCGACAGCCUCUGCUGCAAGCUCGCACCACAUCAGAGGCCCAGCAGGCAGAGCAGCAGGCAGAGCAGCAGGCGCAGCAGCAGCAGCAGCAGGAUGAGGAGGAGCAGAACGAGUUGCAGCGGUGGGCGGCGGCAGUGGGGUGGGGCGAGAUGAUGGGCGCAUACUCGGUGCUGCACACGGAUGACAACACCGACCUGCACCUCUUCUCCCUGCAUGUCACACGCGGCCUUGCCAUCCUGGGCCUGCUGCUCUGUGCGUACCUGAGCCCGUCCUUCCCUGCCUUCGCCCCCUCGCCCUGGCACGGGCUUUCACUAGCAGACCUGCCGCUGCCGCUGCUGCUCUACACCGUUGGCCUCUCCCUCGCCCUCGCUUACACCCAAGUGCCCAGCGUGCUGGCAGCGAGCAACAAGGUGUACAUCCGCUUCUGCAAGAUCUUUUACCUCGGAUACUUCCUCCAGGGGGGCUUCCUGCACCCCAUCGGCGACACGUCCUUUGGCGUCUCCCUUGAGAACACGCGCUUCUGCGGCAUGCUGCAGCAAGUGGCAGCAGCGUUGCUGGUGGUGGGGGUGUCGGAGGUAGCAGUGAUGAAGCUGUAUCGAGGGGCGCGGCGACCACCAGGCGUGCACCACCAUGCACUUGGCUUCCUGAUCAACUGGUGUGUGGCGCUGCUGCUGGUGCUGCUAUACGCGUCCCUCUCCUUCCUCCUCUUUGUGCCCUCCUACACCCUUUCCACCACCACCAGUAUCCACAGCAACACCACCACCAUUACCCCCACUGUCACCACCGCCAUCGCAACCACGAACCCCUUGUCGCAUCUCUCUGCGCUGCAUCAGGAUGGUCUGUGGGAGAGCGCAGAGGGGCAGCGGAGAGCGUUGCAGGGUGGCACGGAGGAUGAUGGUGGUAGCUUGGCUGUGCAUUGCGGUGUGAGGGGAAGUUUUGCUCCGGGCUGCAAUGCAGCAGGGUACAUUGACCGAGUGCUCAUGGGCCCCUCCCACAUGCUCUCCACGGCGCCUUUCCACUCGCUCCCUAUGUGCCAAAGCACGUCGCCCCUCCCCCCUGCGUGGUGCCAAGCACCCUUCGACCCCCAAGGAAUCCUCAGCACGGUGGGGGCGUGUCUGGUGGCCUUUGCAGGCCUGCACCACGGCCACCUCCUCACCUACUUCAAUACUCACUCCUGGCGUAUCUUCCGCUCGCUGCUCUUCGCAACCGUGCUGCUCGCCACAGGAGUGACGCUGAGCAUGCCAAUGCCCCUGCUCCACUCCUCCCUGCCCUCGUUCCUGCCGGAAUCCAUACUCUCAGCAUCUGUCACCCCCCUCCCAUCUCUCUCUUCCCGAGCAAGCACAUCACUCCACAUACCACCCAUGAAUUGUCCGCAUCAUUUCACUCCUCAAACCCCUGCUAUCCCCGCACCACAGACUGACGUGUACACGUCUGCGCGCCCGUUCCUCGCGCCCAUAGCAUGGCUGGGGCGCAACCCUCUCUUUGUGCUCGUGCUGGGCGUCUGUCGCCUGCUGGACCUGCUGCUAGCAGGCUUCUACGUCAACAAUGACCCCGCCAGUAACCUCGUGCGUGCCUAG